CGCAUGGUGAAUCGGCGUUUCCCUGGCAACUCCUCCACAUGAUGUUGACAACCUGCCUUGAUUGACCCCGGCUGAUCCUGGGCCACUACAAGUGCCUUAUCUCGGCGGCACAGCCCAUCCUUUCCUCUUGCCCUCGACACCAACAGAGCGCCGUGCUGCAUCUGCCUUCGCUUCUUGCUCGCUGUGGAGCGUAUCCUUAUCGAUUGUAAUUCGCGUCUUUGUUGACGUUGCCGUCGCGCCGCACGCGCCCACGCCUUGAGGGCGCCAUUCUUCACAACAUUCCAGCUGCCCCUCCGCCGCUGUCCACCAUGUCUCGCAACGAAGCCGUAAGUCCGACCCAGACGCUUGAUGUGUCGUCCAUGCCCCCGCGCCCGACGUCAUCGCUGACCGCCCAGGUAUCGCCGCUGCGCAUCAACAAAACACCGACUGCCUCGCCCGGGAAAGGCAGUCGCCCGCUCUCUGAGAUCGGGUCGGGUGAGCGCCGACGCAACUCUCCCAGCUUCGACCAGACAACAAAGCGCAUGUAUCUUGCCAAAGACACCUCCCCCUUUAGCUCGUCGCCCUUCCAAAACAGCCCGCGCCUGUUUUGGAAGGAGCAGACGCACUCGCCGCGUGAGCGCUUUGAGAACUCGGAAAACAGCCUCAACGAGGACGCCCAGCUGCCCAUGUCGCCCAAGCGCAGCAGCAUUGAGAACCUCAAGAAGCAGGCCCGCGUCAAGAACAGCGGCAUCUUCGCCAAGGAGCAGAUGCACGCCUACGACCCCACAUUAGUACAGCCACUGGACCGACCACUGGCCUCUGGCCGCCCGCUGAGCACCCACAUCCAGGGCAACGCCUUCGGGGGCGCCGGCCUCCACGGACUGCGCCAGCACAGCGCCUCGCCCGACAAGAACCGCCGCCGUGGUGACAGCAUCAAUAGCCCCAUGCUCCCCUCCAUCCAGACAUCGCCCGCAAAGCUGCCCACGCAGUCCUCCUUCGCCUCGCCCUUCUCCUCGCCCACCAAGGACCGCCCCUCGUCGUCAGCCGGCCGCCCCUCGUCAUCAGCUGGCCGCGCCUCCCCCACCAAGUCCUCUCUGGUCAACAACGGCCGCUUCAACUCGCCUCAGUACAACCAGGACUCGAGCGUGCUCUCAUCAGACGACGAGAUGAAACACCAGACCCCGCGCGCCCUGCGCCGCCACGCAAAAAGUGUGACCUUCGAUGCUGCCCCCCCUACCAUCACAGAGUACGAGCUGGUUACACCCGACCCGUCAAUGGCCUCCGGCUCGCGGGCCGGGAGCUACGAUGAGAGCGACGAGGAAGACGAAGGCAGCUUCGACCAGGACGACAGCUUUGACGCCUCGCUGGAGGACACCGAGAAGACGCCUGUUGUUCUUCCUGAGGACUGGCGCCACGUGAGCCCGGACAACGCAAACUCAUCCGUGACCGACACCUACGACGACGUCUUCGACGGACGCGACACUAGCCCAGCGCCGGUCGCCCAGCCUAAUGGGGCUUCCCCCAGCUCGCGCCGCGGCUCAGAAGGUUCUCCAAGGCCACUACCACCUCUUCCUGGCAUGGGCCUGAGCCGACCGGACUCGACCACUGGCGAGCGGUCGCUGCCACCGCUGCCCCCGGUUUCGGGCUUCUCCAAGGCCGAUCUCAUGAGCAGGCGCGAGAGCUCCAUGUCGCUGGAGGACAGGCUGCGCCUCAUGAACUAUGACGGUGAUCGCGACACCUCCACGCCUACCCAGGAGAACCACCGCGACGACGUGGGAGUCCACGUGGAUGAGCUUGAUGACGGCGCAUCGAUUCUGACGGCCGACAACGAGCAAGACGCUUGCAUCCCUCGCAUCUCGCGUGAGUCCAUCUUGCGCAGGGUGAAGAGCCAGAACUUCGACGACCGCGAGGACAUCUACCCUUACGACGCCGAGUCGAGCCCUGGACGCAGCUACGGCGAGCUGGCGGACCUGGAUCCUGAUGUGCCCAUCCCCUCCCGCGAGUGUUCGUCCAACUUCGAUGAGACCGCCCACCAGGUUGUUCGCGAGUCCGAGGCCGACAGCGUUGUGGAUGCCUACCAGGAUGUAGACGUCGACGGCUCCGCCAUCUCCGACCUCGACGAUGACGAAAUCGAUCCUUACAGUCAGGACUUCGAGCGCGAGGGAUCUGACAGCUCCGUCAUCCGCCACCCCGUCAGAGACGACAGCGACGAGCCGGAGCUUGCUGAAGACGACAUCAGUAUCAGCCAAUACUCAGACCAUGCGGAUGAGGAGCAGUACAGUGACCCCGAGCCGGUUCCAGUUUCAGCACCGGUUCCAGUGCCAGCACCGGUUGUCGAGCUGGCUGAGGAGCAUCCUGAGACACAAGACACCAUCGACAGCUCUGGUCCACCAACACCCACAGUCGUCGCCGAAUCCCCGUCUGCGGCCGAAAGGAAGGCUCGCCAGAACGAGCUGUUCGCCAACUUUGACCGGGAGCAGUCGAUGGACCUCAGUCUCGACCCGCUCAAGGCCUCUUUCGCAACAGCUCCAAGCCCUCUCGACACUGCACCCAAGUUGGAAGCCAUGCGCGACUUCCUCGAGCGUCCUGGCACGCCCGAUGCCGAGGAGGAUGAAGAGGAAGACUAUGUCGGCAGCCCUGAAUCGACCUUCCGCGCUCCAGUCGUCAUCUCGCCUCCUGACAUUGAUUCUGACCAAGAAAUUCCCCAGCGCGAAGCCACCAUCCGGGGUACUGGCCAACACAAGCUGAGAACUCGCCCGUCCCUCAUCCCCGGCGAGAUCGACAUGGCAGCCACCCGCCGACAGGUCAGCGGCACCUUCCCCCCGCCUGUGCCUGAGAAGAGCAACAAGCGCCAAUCUCUCAACUUUGAGAUUGGACACGUCGACGACGACUCCUCUCAGCUCAGUAUUGGCACCAUGGAGAGGCGGAUGCUGGAUUUGGAUCUGGGUGAAGACGAGAACGAACUGAGCUUUGGGCUUGACAACGAGUUCGACAAGAUUAUCGAAUCUCAAAAGGUACACUCCCUUUUCCCUUUACCCGACUUUGCUCAAUUCCCAUCCACGCGGUCACACGCGACUCAUACGUUGGAAGGGUUUGUGUCGAAGUACAGUCCCGCUAACACGCCUGAACAGAAGGGUUACAUGAUGCGAGAAAACAAGAAGGUUGUGGUUGCCAGCAGCCGACAGUUCAGUGAUGAGGCGCGUCUGGCCGAGACCCCCGCUGCUAUUGAUCCUACCACUGGUGAGAAGCUCGCCAAGGCGCCCGCCCGCAAGAUCAGUGGAAGCAAGCAGGCAUGGACAACAGAACCGUGGAACGGCAAGGCUCGCCGCAAGAGUCUUCGAACUGCAUCCGGUAGUCGCAAGGCCCCCCGCACGUCCAAUGUUGCUCCUCCUCUUCCAGGCCAGGAAUCUGCCGUGACUUCUGGUCUCGAUGCUGUCAAUGAGCAAGGUGACGAGGAGCUGGACGACGGCGAGGAGCGCGGUCGCGUAUUCGUCAAGGUGGUUGGUGUCAAGGAUCUCGACCUCCCCUUGCCCAAGAACGAACGCACAUGGUUUCAACUGACGCUAGACAACGGUCUUCACUGUGUCACGACAUCAUGGCUGGAGCUGGGGCACUCUGCUCCAAUCGGGCAGGAGUUCGAGCUUGUUGUUCUCGACGACCUCGAGUUCCAACUCACCCUUCAGACAAAGCUUGAGCCUCCGGCACGUCAACCGGAGGUGUUCACAGCACCACCCCCGAAGGCUGUCACUAAGAAGACGUCUGGCUCUACUUUCCGCAGCCUGCUGUCUUCUCCCAAGAAGCGCAAGGAGCAGGAGCGACGCGCCCAGGAGGAGGCCGACCGUGCUGCCCUCCAGCAGCAACAAGAGGCCCAGGCCGCAGCCAAGCGCAACAAGAAGGCCACCGCGUGGGAUCUCCUGCACGAUCUCGUCGGCCAGGACGGUUCGUUCGCUAGGGCCUAUGUCUGUCUCGGCAACUACGAGAACCAGGCCUACGGCCGUCCCCUGACUGUCGACAUCCCCUGCUUCAACGAGUGGGCUGUUGAUGACAGCGGUGUUAGCAGCGUCAAGAGCAAGCGCGGCGGUGUUGUCCGACGACCUCCUUACCGAGUCGGCAAGCUUACUGUCCAGCUUCUCUACGUCCCCAAGCCAAAGAACGCGACCGACGACGACAUGCCCAAGAGCCUGAACGCUUGCAUCCGCGAGCUCAAGGAGGCGGAGGAGGUGAAGAGCAAGACCUGGGAGGGUUUCCUCAGCCAGCAGGGUGGUGACUGCCCAUUCUGGCGCCGUCGCUUCUUCCGUCUGAACGGGACCAAGCUGACGGCGUUCCACGAGACAACGCUGCAGCCACGUGCGACCAUCAAUCUCGCAAAGGCCACCAAGUUGAUGGACGACAAGAGCGCGCUCAAGCAGCCAUCGGCCACGAAGAGCGGCGGCCGUCGCAAGUCGGCGUUUGCCGAAGAUGAGGAGGGCUACAUGUUCGUCGAAGAAGGUUUCCGCAUCCGUUUCGCCAACGCCGAGGUCAUCGACUUCUACGCCGACAGCCGCGAGCAGAAGGAGGAAUGGAUGAAGGUGUUCUCCGAGUGCGUUGGGAAAGACAUUGCCUCCGGCAAGGCGUGGACCCACAUGGUGCUCGAGAAGGAGCGCGCAGAGAAGGCACAGAAGCCAAAGUCCCAGAGCGGAGCACCUGUGCUCGACACCAGCCGUCGACCCUCCCACGGCCGCACGCAGUCGCAUGAGGUGUACAGCAAAUCAAACCCGUCGAGCCCUGCCGUGCCAUCGCACGCGCGGACACAGUCGUUCGCGCCCACACCGCCACCCAAGGAGCGCGACCCUCGCAUGGCGCCUGCGCCUGCACCGCGCCCAAGGCCGCAGACACAGGUGCAGCCCGCCACGGGCAGCAACAGCCGCCGAGACCAGGUUCGAUCGAUGAUCUUCUAAGCACAUCCUGCACACAGCAUCGAUACUCCAUCGCUACGCUUCCUCUUGGAUAUUCACUUACAUGCUUCUUCGCUUCCUGUAGGUUCUACGCAGACUCCGCCUGCGGUUCGCGCGCCGCCUGCGCCGCCGAGGUGCUGUGCACUCGGCGUCGCUUGUGUAGGGCCUGUGGCUCGACGCCUGUUUUG